AUGCUGGCCAUGGUGGGAGUCCUAAUUUCGUUCAACGGAAAACCAAUCGCAAAGAUGGAAACCGGCUUCGUGACGCUAAACGCCAUUAUCGCCGUCCUGUCAACCUCGAGCAAAGCCAUGCUGCUUUACGUUAUCGCCAACGCCGUCAGUCAGUGGAACUGGAUCCUUUUCACUGCCGUUGCGAUCGAUCCAUUCGCCCAGCAGCUGGUCCAGAUCCAGAGGGGCCUAACCUACAUCCUUGAUACUCAGGGUGUCACGUCCAUUCCCAUGGCUACUCGAUAUUCGAAUGGCAACCAGUAUGGGGUGUUUUCCGCCGUAACGACCAACGAUCAGGGCCGACUCGAAUCCAUCAGCAGUCGUGUGGUGUACUCUGAUGCUGAGUUUGCCCUGCAAGGGGCAACCAUGUUUGGCAUUUCUGCCAAUAGCUCCACCAUCACACAAGCGGUCAAUUUUAAUUGUCCCUCGGGAGAGUGUUCGUUCCCAUUCACCACCACACUUGCCGUGUGCAGCCGUUGCGAAAAUGUUACCUCUCAGCUGGAGAAAAAUCAGAACAGCAACGGCGAUCUAUACUUUGACUUGAUCAGGGAUAGAAGUUUUGCGAAGAUCGAGAGGUUUUCCACAGAAUACAGGCUUCCAAACGGUCUCUUUCUUAACAACUUCAACGAUUCCGGCAGCGAAGCAAAAGCCAUGGUCUUCAUGUCGAUGUUAGGUACCACAGAUCCCCGAAAGACUGUAAGCAUGGGAGACAUCGACACCCUUAUUUGGGCACAAAGCCUCAUAAAAGUCGACGGCGCCGAGUACAAUAAGACGUGGCUUGCCUACAAUGUCCGUGCCGAGGAAUGCAGUCUGUACUACUGCGUCAAGAAAUACAGCUCAGAAGUGCACAACGCGACGCUCUUUGAAACAUCAUCCGUCCUUCAAGACGAGAAGCGAAUUCCCGAGUCCUGGGCUCUAGAUCGAACACGGUGGCCAAACGUAUCUGAGGCCGUAGUUGAAAGUGUAGCAUUCCAUCCGAUUGAAUCGGCAAUCCAACACACAAACCUGCAACUCGGUCAUCCAGGAAGCGACGCAGCCUGGAACAUCUCUCAACAGGCCGUUGACGGAAUCAGCGCCUUCAUGCAGAAAACUUUCGCCGUGUGCGUGGCUGGAGCUAACUGCACAACCGAAAUCCUCGAUAGCUGGGGCCCGGUCAAUGGAUACCUAAUCGCGAGGUAUGGAGCUGCCGGUGGCGAGAUGGCAGAGGAGUACGAACCCAGCGUCGCUAAGGCCAUUUGGAGCACUAACGACAUCAAUCAAACCUUUUCCAAUAUUGCUCUCAGCAUGACUAAUGCAAUUCGCAACGGCGGGGAUAACAGCAGUUCUGCGACGGGGUCGUUGGGAAUUUUCGAAGCGAUUUAUAUUGUAGAUUGGCGAUGGAUUGCUUUGCAUUGCUUCGUGGUAGUCGGGACGUUGGUAUUCCUCUUUGCCACGAUAUAUACUACACUAAAUGAAGGAGGCGGGAAGAUUCCUGCGUGGAAAGGAAGUGAGUUGGCUGUCUUUUCACGGGGCCAUGUUGUUGGGGACUACUUGGGGGAUGCCACAACAAUCGACGAGUUGCAAGAGAAAGCGAAGAACAUUUCCGUGGUCUUGGUAGACCCGCACCAAGAUAGACCACCUCAAGGUCAAGAUCACCAAGGUGCGCCGUUUCUUAACGAACCGUCAAAACAAGGAGUGUGGACCAUGCAGGUUGAGCCAGAGAGUAGUUCGGAGCGGAUUUAA